GCCUGCAGUUUAUUAUACUGGGUCUGGCAGCGAGCAAGUGCGCUGUUGCUGCAGCAUGAGAGAGCCUAUGUAUAGAGAGCUGUCCAGCUCUUUGAAUAUUGCUAUACAGUUUUUGUAAUGCAUGCUUUUCAGCAUAAGAGACAUCUGCUACGUGUGAAAGUGUUAAGGAACGAUUGCUCGGGGUGCUCUGAACAAUUUAAACAAUACAAUAUUGAAAACGACUGAAUGUUUCAUCGAUACUACAAACCUGUACAAAUCUGCAGGGACUGCUGCGCCGAAGGCUGUCCCUUAGCUCCACGUUUAUGUUAUCAUGAUUCUGCAUACGAAGGAUGAUAAUAACAUCGAAUAAACGGAAAACAGUAGUCUAUUUUAUCAACAGUAGGGAAGUUGCUUACGGUAUAUGUUGGAGUUGUUGAGUCAGGUAUAUUGCUGGAUGACCCGCGUCAGGUGUUGGUUUGCUUCAAGAUAUUGCUUGUCAAGUUUAACAUUUUUUUUCAUGUAGAAUUUUAAGAAAAUCAACUGUUUUAAAAUAAACAGGUAUGCAUUUGUCAACAUUAGUAAUCCAGUCAUCUAUCAAAUAUCAAUAACUUGGUAUAACAUAGAAAGUGAGUUUGUGAACAGUAAAUGGUUUUGCUUUGUUAAACCGCCAAAAAGCAGGCUAUUUAAGUAGCCAGGACAAGGUGACUCAUGAUUUGAGCGAUACCUGAGGAAUAUAUAGCUUUUGGAAUGAGUGUGGGUGUUUCGUACAAGGAGCUUAUUUUUGACGGAGAGACCUAAAGAAAAGUGUUUGUACUAUUCGUACUAAUGACAGUGAAUGGAAAACCUUUCCUUUUAGUAUCAUGGAUGACAAAUCCAACAAGCUGAUUUUGGUCCCUGUUGUAUUUGUGCUGUUUGUGAUGAUAGGAUAUCAGUACAUUUGCCCAGCAGGCAGUAACUCAUGCCACUUCAGGACUGGGGAGAAGGUAAGAGGGGUCACCCUUCCAUCUUCCCAAACCCCUGCGAUCUUCGAUUUCUACAUAGAUCAAGAACUAGAAGACGAAAGCCCUCCCAAAUUUCUGCCUACCUUUAACUUCUCGGAAACAGAUCUGACACGCUACGCGAAUUUCAACAUCAAAGGGGAUGAUGUGAUCGUUUUCCUGCACAUCCAAAAGACAGGCGGGACUACAUUCGGCAGGCACCUGGUGAGGAAUAUUCGCCUGGAGCAGCCUUGUGACUGCAAGCUUGGGCAGAAGAAAUGUACUUGCCACCGACCCGGGAAGAAAGAGUCCUGGCUUUUCUCUCGAUUCUCUACAGGAUGGAGCUGUGGGCUGCACGCGGACUGGACAGAGCUAACCAACUGCGUACCUGUCAUCAUGGACAAGAAGGAAACCGAGAAACCCCGAAGGAACUUCUAUUACAUCACAAUGUUGAGAGAUCCAGUGUCGCGUUUCCUGAGCGAAUGGAAACAUGUCCAGAGAGGGGCGACGUGGAAGACAUCCCUGCACAUGUGCGACGGCAGAUCCCCCACGCAGGAUGAGCUGCCCACCUGUUACCUAGGUGACGACUGGUCAGGGGUGACCCUGCAGGAGUUCAUGGACUGUAUCUACAAUCUGGCCAACAACCGGCAGGUGCGCAUGCUGGCAGACCUCAGCCUGGUGGGCUGCUACAACCUCUCGUCCAUGAACGAAAGCGAGCGGAACGAGAUCCUUCUCCGCAGCGCCAAAGACAACCUCAAGAACAUGGCCUUCUUCGGACUGACGGAGUACCAGCGCAAGACUCAGUACCUCUUCGAGAGGACCUUCAACCUGAAGUUCAUCUCACCCUUCACGCAGCUGAACAGCACGAGGGCCGCCAAUGUGGACAUCGAGUGGCCGACGCGGCGCCGCAUCGAGGAGCUGAACUUCCUGGACAUGCAGCUCUACGAGUACGCCAAGGACCUCUUCCUGCAGCGCUUUCAGUUCACCCGGCAGAGAGAGCGUCAGCUGGAGAGGCAGAGGAGAAGGGAGGAGCGCCAGCUGCUCCGUGCACAGAAAGCGCAGCGCUACAGGCAGCAGGCUGACGACAGUGUCACCACAGAGGACUACACGGGCCAAGUGGUGAGAUGGUGACAGCUUGUGCCUCAACCAUCAAAACGGUCUUUAAAAUAUAACUGAAGAAUUAACAACAUUUGUUUUAAGCUCUUAAGUGUGACAUUUUAUAUAUUGUUAUCAUUCACAUGAAACUGCCGAGGCUGUGGUUAACACAGCUACCCUGCCUUUUGAGUACCCUUUCGUGUCUUAACUUAAAAAAUAGAUCUACAAUAUACUUGUGUGACCUUCCCCCUGCUUACUACUGUAGUUAAUCACUAUUAUGUAGAUUGUGAAGACUAUGUAUAGACAGGAAAUUAAGCGUAAGGUGACAUUCAGAAAAAGAGGAGUUUCAAGCCAAUGGCUGGUGAUUGCUAUUGCUCACCAUGUGAAAAAUGAUUUGGUUCUUACAGUAUGCUGUUAGUGUGAUUUUAUUUUUAUUUGUAUGCAAUAUGUAAGUGGCUUAACAAACUUGGCCAUGUAAUAUAAGAUGCAGUAGCAUCAUAAGGAAAUCUUAUCAGAAGUUUUUUUUUAUUUUUUAUUUCAGUUUGAUUCUCUGACCUGCAUCUUUACGGAUGUAUAAGGUGUUUGCGUUUAGAGUCUUUAUUAUCUGUUCCAUAGCACCCCUUUUUUUUUUUUUUUUUUUCAGUAACCGAAGAUUAAUGGACAUCAUGCUGGUCUGAAGCAAGUUUCUGGCACUUUUUCACACUGCAGUAACCUGAUCUUUCAAUUGAUCAGUUGAUUUAUAACUCGCAUCUAGUCUUGUUUAGAAGGGCUGCUAGCUGCUCAGAAAUGACAGGCUGCAGUUUUACACCAAUGUUGUUUUUUCGUAGGCAGUAGGUCUGAACUUUUAUUUUCAGUUGAUUAAAUGUUAAGGCCGUAUUCCGUGUAAAAUGAAAUCCCUUGGAAAACUGUCGAGUAUUAUUACAGGGAUUGCAGUUUUAUUUUAUUUCUUUAAAAAAAAAAGUUAUUUAGAGCAAUUAUAACAUACACGGUUACAGCUAAAUUGAAUGCAUUUCCUCAAAGUACUUUGUAUUCUCUAAAGCAUACUACCAUUGUACUGUAUUGAUUUAUUUAUUACACACACAUGCACACACACAUAGAUAGAUAGAUAGAUAGAUAGAUAGAUAGAUAGAUAUAUACUUGCAUCCCCGUAAAGACACCUCUUCCAUCCUGUUAUGUAAUUCUAUAGCAUUUUCUAAAGGAUUGGUCUUUGCAGUUGUCCUGCAAAUCACAGAAUAAUGUGGAUAAUAAUGACGACCCAUUCUCUGAAUAUGUCAAAGAAGGUUACACAAGGCAGUUAUAGGAUUGACCAGACAAGCAAAUCAGGCUUGGUAUUUGUAUUUAUUCCUGCAUGUGAAACAUUGAUGACGUUAUGAGAUCUCUGGAACAUAACAGAGCUCAAUCAAUUUCAAAAUGAAGCAUUUCAAAAUCGGGGGAAUUUGACACCAAACUAAGAAUAACAUGCUGUAGCUGUCUCCUAAAAUAUGUUAACCAAGUCUGUCAAGAAUAUAUAGAGAUGAAUAAGGUACCCAAGGCUUCAACGUUGCUGAACGUAGGUGGGCAUGGCUUACUGCACUCUUUGGUUUGCUGCAUUCUGGUUAUCAACAUGCUUCCAUUGUCUUGGUCACAGUUGAGGACUAAACUGAAAAGAUUAAUGGAAUGUAGUGAGCUGUCUCCACAAUGAGCUCUGAAUAAAGAAGGAGCAUGUUUAUUGUUUAAAAAAACAUAAUCAAAGUUGUCCGUGUACAUAAAUGAAAUAAACCGAAUCCAAGGGGAACUGCCGGUCAAACUGUCUCUAUCAUUCAGUGUAAAGUCUAGGAGAACAGAAUCAAACAGUUUGAAUUAAAGCCCAAACUCGCAGAGUACUGGUCUUUCAGCUUUUAAAAGGACCGGUUAAGGAAAAAGCAUCUCAGCAAUGUCUUCUCCCAAAGCAUCCUAAAAACUGCUGUGUUCAUUAUUGAAGGGAGUGUAGCUCAUCAGCUGAGCCUUGCAGGCUGGUUAGAGCUAAAAUCAAUUUUGAUCAUGUGUGUGGGGAAAGAGGAGUUUCUGUGUGCAUUGAGUAAACCGAUAGACCUCAAAAAUAUGCACAGAUUUAAAAUGGCUUACGAAAACCAAGCAAAAUUUCGCUUCAUGAAGUCGAAUGAAACCUGCUGGAUAAUGUUUAAUUACAUACCGCUUUGUAGUUUUCCAUAUACCUCACCAAAAAGCUGACAAAAAAUGUGACAUAUUGAAAUCUAACAUGAAAUACUUUUUUUUUAUAGCAUGUUGUUAAAUAAAAGAUCUAACUUA